AGACACAAGCCCACCUCAAUCGCAUCUCUCUACAAAAAAAAAGGUCCAACCGCCCAACGACCUCUCACCUGCGACGACCAUCUCGAUUGCGCAGUCUACAUCGCAAUCAUGGCGCCGCGAUCCUACUCAAAGACCUACAAGGUCCCUCGUCGACCAUUCGAGUCUGCUCGUUUGGAUUCGGAAUUGAAGAUUGUCGGCGAAUAUGGCCUGCGCAACAAGCGGGAAGUCUGGCGUGUCCAGCUCACUCUGUCCAAGAUCCGUCGUGCUGCCCGUCAACUCUUGACCCUGGACGAAAAGGACCCCAAGCGUCUCUUCGAAGGCAACGCCCUGAUUCGCCGUCUCGUCCGUGUCGGCGUGCUUGACGAAUCUCGCAUGAAACUCGAUUACGUGUUGGCACUCAAGGUCGAAGACUUCUUGGAGCGCCGCCUACAAACCUGCGUCUACAAACUCGGGCUCGCCAAGUCUAUCCACCACGCUCGUGUCCUCAUCAAGCAACGACAUAUCCGAGUUGGCAAGCAGAUCGUCAAUGUUCCCUCCUUCGUUGUGCGACUGGAUAGCCAGAAGCACAUUGACUUCGCGUUGACAAGUCCCUUCGGUGGUGGCAGACCUGGCCGUGUCAGGAGAAAGAAGGCCAAGGCUGCUGAGAAGAAGGAUGAGGAUGGCGAGGAGGGUGGCGAGGACGAGGAGUAGAUCACGCGAUGAGAUAACGAGUGGCGACUACUCGGUCCUUCCAGCACUGACGACAUCGAUGCUGAUAAGAACGUGGGCAUACCUGAUGGAGGGAGGGCUAUGUGCUAAAAGCAAAAGAGAGCCCAUCCCGGCAAGAUCAAGGGGGGAGACCCGAAUGAAAUGUCAAGUCGAGGAUUUCACCAUGCCAGCGCCUAGUUGGCAUCAAUUAGCGAUACCAAGUUUCCUCAUGCCAAAAACUUCAUCACAUUUCAUUUCCGUUUCUCGAUCUAGGGUAUCAUCGUGAGGGAUAUCAGUAACGCCGGCAGCCUUCCAAGAUACCCGUACAAGUACAUCGUUCCCUGCCUGUAUACCUUCAUUUUCUUGUCAGGAGUUGUGCUUUUCAUCCAGCCCUAGCAACCC